AUGUCCGAGAUGAACGGCUCGGCCGUGAAGAGUGCUGUUCCAGUGUCGGACGGGAGACAGACUCCGACGUCGACGUCAUCGUCACCGACAGCGUCGUUCAACGACACCAGUGACACCAAUGGCAUCCUGCAGCAGCAACAGCAGGGAUCGCCGCCGCCGUCGGACGCCGUCAUUAGGACGGAGACGGCGGCUCCUGCUCCAAUUAACUUCGCCACCAUAGAGAGAGGAUUUUAUGCCGAGAAUGUUGCAAUUGAAAGUUUGGUCUCGUUUCUUUCUUCCCCAUGCGCACAGGUGGUGAAUGACCUGCGAACCACUUUCCAAUCCGGCAAAACGAAAGACGUGAGCUUCCGGAUUCAACAGCUCAAGGCUCUGCAACGGAUGUUGAAAGAGAACGAGAUGAAGAUCGUUGAAACUGUGCAGAAAGACCUGCGAAAGGCGAGUCUCAUUUUCCGUCAAAUUUCCUUCCAUAACCAACUUUGUCAAAUUUUGCCACCGAUAGAAAAAGAAUUGCAAACGAAUUGGCAUACCACUCAAGUUUGUUAUGAGGCGAGAUUAAUUAAGCUUUUUUCCAUGCAUUUUUUUGGAGAGUCUGAAGAAGAAACAAAAGUAAUCAAAAACUCGUUAGAACGGAAUUUUAAGCGCAUUUCAUUUCAUUCCUCGUGUCGCCUGAUUUAUUUCCAGCCGGCGAUGGAAAUUCGUGGCAGCGAAAUCGACUUUUGCGUGAACGAAAUCGAAGUGAUGCUGCACAACAUUCACGACUGGACGAAAGAAAAACGAGUGCCCAAGUGCAUGGUGACUUUGUUCGACAAGCCGAGUCGUCGGCCAGAGCCCUACGGGGUCGCCCUCGUCAUGGGCGCCUGGAAUUACCCGGUGUCGCUGACGUUCACGCCGGUCACCGGCGCCAUCGCCGCCGGCAACUGCGUCGUCAUCAAGCCGUCCGACGUGGCGCCCAACACGGCGCAGCUCUUUUCCGAACUCAUCUCCAAGUACCUGGAUUCAAGCUGUUACAAAGUUGUUUGCGGCGGCGUUGCUGAAACAACGGAUCUGCUCAAACAACGCUUUGACUACAUCUUCUUCACCGGCGGCUACCGGGUGGGGAAAAUCGUGCGCGAGGCGUCCAAUCGCCAUCUUACUCCGUGCACCCUCGAGCUCGGCGGCAAAAGCCCGGUUUAUUUGGAUGAUUCGGUGAAUAACAUGGACAUCGCUGUGAAGAGGAUAAUCUGGGGAAAGCUGGUGAAUGCUGGACAAAGUUGCAUAGCUCCAGAUUACAUGCUUUGCACUAGAGAAGUUCAAGACAUUUUCGUGAACAAAGCCAGAGAAUUGAUCAAAGAAUUCUUUGGGAACAAGCCGCAAGAAUCAGCAAGUUUCGGCCGAAUCAUCAAUAACUCGCAUUUCCAGAGAUUGACGGGAUUAUUGCACAGCGGAGUCGUGGCUGUGGGCGGGGAUGUGGACCCAUCUGAUUUGUACAUCGCCCCCACGAUUUUGGUCAUGCAGUUUGGCCUACUAGGACAAUACGUUCUUCUUUAUAAGCCAGGCUAA